CAAGCAAGUGUCGUAGUACGAAAAACGGUACGAGUACGAACUCCAAUUUGUUUAUUGUCAUGGUACAAUUAGUCUACUGUACGGUAUGUAUGGUCCCCGUAUCGGAGGACACGCUACGGAUCGUGCAUCACCCGACGGCAAGGAUGGCUGGUUGUGUCGAUCAGUGAAUCAUCGUCGUCAUCGUCGGUGAUUCCUUCGGCCCCCUGCCCGAUCCUUCUGCUCGUCCAGACCGUUCUCAUUAUUAUUAUUGCUUUCUUUGUCGUUGUAAUAAUACGAUUCUAACAUCACAUCACUACCAGUAUGAAGUUCCAAACCAAAGCUGUUAUGAUGACUGUUCUUUCUAGUCUCCUCUCUUCCCGCACGGCGAGAGGAUUCUCCACGAUCGCCUCCCGUGGACGAUCCGCUAUGGUUGCAUCGUCGUCGUCGCCUACGGCCCGUUUCAUGGCCUCCGACAGCGACGGCCCCAUGCCCUACGACGAGGACAAAAUGCCCUUCUACGCCCUCGGAACCAAUCUGGCCAUGCAGGUCGGUGGACAGGGUAACUUCAAGACCCUGCUGGAAGACGAUGAACUCGACAUCGUCCUCGAGGCCUUUUGCGAAAACCUCAAGGGAACCAACACCGCCGACGCACGAAUCGUCCUCACAAAAUACGGGCAACAACUCAACAAGAUCCUCGGAGACCGCACGGAAGGAAUCGUCGAACGCGUCAAGAAGGACGGAGAGGAAUACUGCGAAAACUUCCUCGCCUGCAACGACGAUGCCGUCAAGACCGAUUCCGGCUUGAUUUACUGCCCAAUGAAGGAGGGAGAUGGAAAGCAACCGGUCCUCGCGGAUACCGUCGAGGUCCACUACCACGGAACCCUGACCGAUGGCACCGUUUUCGAUAGCAGUGUCGACCGAGGUCAAACCAUCAGCUUCCCAUUGGGAGGUGUCAUCAAGGGAUGGCAAGAGGGUCUUGCCAUGAUGAAGGAAGGUGGAAAAGCCACCCUCGUGAUUCCUUCCGACCUGGCAUACGGCGACGCCGGAAGCGGCGACACCAUCCCUCCGGGCGCCACAUUGAAGUUCGAGGUCGAGCUUUUCAAGGUCAACUAAUUGUACUGUAUUCGUAUUCAUUCAUAUGUAUUGCCUUCCACAAUCCAAUGUCAUCUACUCUUGCGCUUCUAUGGAUUUGAAUAUGGACGACUGUAUAACUAUAAUAAUAUAUUCCACACUAC